AUGGCGGAGAAAGAAGCAUCGAUCGCGACUCCCAGCCUGGAACUAUCGCCUCAAUCGACAGAGCAGUCACGCGUCGACGAUGAACCCAAUCUGUGGAAGUCUAUCAAGAAAUGGCCGCGCAUGCUAGGAUAUUCAUUUGGCUUAGCGUCGGGCAUCUUGCUCUACGGGUUUGACACGUCCAUCGUGGGAAAUGUCUCUGCGAUACCUGAAUUCCAAGGCGACUACGGUCGCAAACUGGAUGACCGAUACAUCAUCCCUUCGAUGUGGAUGGGCUUGUGGAACGCGAUAAGUCCGAUCGGCAUCAUGAUAGGCAGCAUAAUGGCCGGCUGGCUGCAGGAUCGAGUGGGCCGACGUCUGUCGCUUGGGCUCAGCAGUGUCCUAUCAGCUGCGGGUGUCGCGGCAGUGUUCUCCUCUCAGUUCCUGGACGACUUGGAGUCACGCAGAGGCGCCUUUCUUGCCGCUAAACUGAUCAUGGGACUGGCCAUAGGAGGCGUCCUCUGCACCACUCAGACGUACCUCAGCGAGAUUCUCCCGCCAAAGCUGAGAGGGUCGGUCAUGGCUUUCUUCCCUGUCUUCACACUUCUCGGCCAGCUGAUCGGCGCGGUUGUCGUCUAUGCCUCGCUGGAUCUUCCAGGGAAGCGGCCGUACACCACUCCCAUGAUUGCACAAUGGCCGUUUUCCGCUGUUCCGCUCGUGAUAGCGAUAGUAUUGCCAGAAAGUCCAGCGUACCUCUUGCGCAAGAGGAAGUUCGACAAAGCAUUCAAGGCACAGCGACGGCUCGACAGUGCCAAGACAGACACACAAAGAAACAUCGACAAUCUGCUGUUUGCAUUGCAAAAGGAGGAGGAACAGGACAGACACGACCGGGCGACUUACCUGGAAUGCUUCCGGGGGACAAAUCUGCGGCGCACCCUGAUUGUGAUAUUCGCAAAUCUCUUGCCUCAGCUGUUCGGACUGUCCUUGCUUUCUGACGCGAGCUACUUCAUCCAAGUGGUUGGCAUGAGUGCGCACAAUGCUCUUCUGUUCCUUCAGCUCGGUGUCGCUCUGGGGCUGGUGGCCAACAUUGUCAGCAUGUGGAUGGUUACCAAAGUUGGACGCCGGCCCCUCGGUAUGACUACCCUGGCUAUCAGCAUCCUCUUGUGGGGCGCCAUGGGGAUUGCCGGCAUUUUCGACGGCGUGGUGGUAAUAUGGUAUACUGCAGUCACCAUGAUGGUCAUUAUCAUUGUCGUCGGAGUUGGAAUCUGGCCCGUCGCCUAUGUCGUCGGCGCCGAAACAUCCUCACUUCGCCUGCGCGCAAAAACCCAAGGCAUAGGCUGGUUCAGUGGCGCCUUCGCCCAGGGCGCAUUUGGCAUCAGUCUGCCUUAUGCGUACAAUAUCGACGAGGGCGAUCUAAGAGCCAAAACCGGCUUUAUCAUUGCCGGCUUCACCAUCAUAGCCCUGGGGCUUACUUGGCUGUUUGUGCCAGAAAUGAAGGAGCGGACCACCGCAGAGAUCGACACCAUGUUUGAGCGUCGCUUGCCGGCCAGGCAGUUCAAGCAUUGGAGAGGUACAGUCGCCGGACCUGGCCACGACAACCCUUUUGGGUCGGAAGCCCAUCUCGCCUAA